AAAUUUACACGAUGGACUACUUCCUAGAUGAAGAAGAUGAAGACAUUUUCUUAGAAGAAAUGGACUUCCUGCUUGCAACUUAUUUAAACAUCCCUUCUGAGGGAUAUGAUGAGUUUCAAGAUGUACCAAGAGGCCCGAUUGGUCUGGAAUAUGAUGACCAGUUUUCAUGUCCAAGACUCAAGAAAAUCGCCUUUACCCCUGAAAAUCAUCGGUUUUCUAUUAAUGUAAAGGUCUCUAAGAGGAACAAGAAAAGAGAGCUUUUAAACUUUUUGAAGAAUUAUGGGCAUCUUGAGCUGACAAAUUUAUGAAUUCGUUCAACUUCUGGCUCAAUUCCAUUACCAAUAGGACCAAUGCUUCCUUCUGUUAUGAAAAUGCUGCCCAGAGUUACUUCUCAGUGAAAGCUAUAUAUGCUUGAUCUGAAGAGUAAGCAAAUAGCUCAUAUUCUGUAUACUCUUUCGACAAGUAUAGCCACUGAGAUUGAGUUAAAUCGUUGUAAAAUCGAGCCAGUCAAAUCAGUUGUUUUACCUAGAACACCCUCAUUGGUUCAUUUCUUGACAAUCAUGAAAUGAAUGAAGACAUCUGGAUCAGGAGAUGAUAGAACUAAUCAAAGAUGAGUUUGUAAAGAUAUGCUUUCUCCCAACCACCAGCCAUGAGCCUCUAACUUAUCUUAUGUCAGCCUCUAUGAUCCUGAAAUAAUAUCAAUUCUAGAACUAAUGAGCUUAUGGGGAGUUACCCGAACAAUAGAAAACGUAACAAUAGGAUUUUACGGCACCGACGUUGAAUUCACUUCCAUACGUAAGAUAAAGAAAGAUCUUGGGUACAAAAAGAGCUUCUUCCGGUUGAUUAACUACUCUGAAAAGGAAUCAAGGAGCCAACAGUAAUUAAAAUUACAGGCCUUCUCAUAAUUUCAACCC